UUGACCAUCCAUCUACUAACACUAUCAAUACAGUAUGUCCGUUUUUGAUAUUUUGGAUUUGCGUAAUUACCCGCGCAAUUCCGUUGAUAUACCUUCAACUAACUGUAUUGAACAUUUUGAUGUUGCAGAAAUUGUUGACAAUCUAAAUUAUUUUAUCAAAGAUAAUAGAGCAUAUACAGAAGAUAAUGUUUUGGUAUACAAUAUAUUCAUAUACAGCAUACCCAAAAAGUUCACACAAAACUAUAUACAGAAUUAUUUCUCAAAAUUCGGUAAAUUACUGGAUGUAAAAAUUGUCGUUGACCGAAAGAGCUUUCAGCAUGAAGCGCCCAAUAUGUGGUUUGUGCACUUUGCUGAACCGGAAAGCGCCUGCAGCGUGCUGAUAAAAUUUUAUCAUCGAUUUCAAGGCAUACGUAUCGGUGUUAAGGCAGCGAACAGUUGGAAUCAGCCCCAUCCAGAAAGAGCUUGUAGUGUUUUGUCAUACGAUAGCUGGUUUAAGCCAACAAUUGCAUCAAUACCGACAAAUGGCACAAAUAUACUUUCCUUGAAUGACGAUUGUUUGGAUAUAAUUUUCGGUAUGUUGGAGUUAAAAAAUAAAGUUCGUUUUGCACGUGUAUGCGACCGCUUCCACGAUAUUUUUCAAAUAUAUUGCAAACGCGAAUUCAAAUGCUUCGAUGUGAGUAAUUUGCAUGGAUUGACACUAUGGGAAAUACGUGAUUUUUUUCGUUUUGCUGGCGGACAUAUUGAAGAAUUAGUAGGCAGACUACCGUUCAAAAAUCGCUUACGAAUUGUCAAAUUUAUCACAAAAUAUUGUGCAAAGUUGCGUCUGAAUCUGAAUGAUCGUAAAAAGCGUGCAGAAUGUGUGAAAAUGUUGGCACGUUAUAUACAAAUGGUGAAUAAUUAAUGUUGCCAACGGAUAGAAUCCUAA